UCUUAUUCCUUCGUUUUGUUUUCCAUGUCUCUCUUUUGAACCGCAUUACGAAACAGCCCCGUCUCUGUCUGAUGCCUAUGAUGAACACUUUGCAUGCCUGAAUGUACAACCACAGAACUUACGCUAUACUACAGAACCAUAGCCCAUGGCUAACAGAUACUCUCGAAUGCCCGGCGACGUGAACGCCUCUUACAGCUGCCGCAACAAACCUCCAAUUGCCCUUGGUCCUGAAUCACACCCCAAAAAGCGGGCUUCGUCCUUUUAUCCUAUCCGUUGCCCUGGCAUCGUUGACGAAUCCAACCCAGAUCCCUUCUACCUGGAGCACACUCUAGCAGAGGGUGGCCCUUGGGGCCCUGGGCGGCCGGGAAGUCGCAAUGUUAGGCACAGUGACGAAGCCAGUCAGUAUUUGAUGCUUGCCUCUUUACACAACAACAAAGGUGGUCCUGGCACAGUGACGUCGCGUGGGGAUACUACGAGGCUACGGUCCAACGUCAACCGAUCGACUCUGUCGGUUGUUGAGCUGGAGCAUCAAUUGAGUCUCCGCCAGAUCGCUGCCAAUCAACCCUGGGGAGGCCAGUUCGCAAGUUACGAUCAAGCAUCUUUUAGCUCAGGACAAACGGACGCGACGCCCGAUUUGACGCCGAGCAGUUCUUUCUCUUCCAAUUAUUCCGCCCUUACCAACCGCGAAACUAUCUCUUCCGGGCCAGACUAUCACUCUUUGCUCAACCAACAAGCGCCGCCCAGUCCCAGACGCCAAGUAUAUCCAGCUUCAGCCACGCCUGCCACCCUAUCGCAGACAACGCUGGUCACGGAGCCCUCCACCCCGACGCGGCAAUUGAAAGCGCCCGGAGGCCCAUCCAACGCAUCAACUGAGACCCUGGUCAUGCAAAGAGUAAGCAGCCACGACGCCGCAUCAAAUCGUGGGAAGCCAUUGCCGUCACUGCCCGGGGGCGUCCGUAACCGGAGCAAUAAGCCUGGUCGAAAAGGGCCACCGCCAGCGAUUCGACCUCCAAUCGCCCCGUCCAUGAUCUCUCCUCCGUGCUGGUACAACCCCGUGACAAAAGAGCCGCAUGUGUCGCACUUUGACCAGGCCAUGUUCAUAUCCGCGAAUGAUCGUCCGAGCCCGGUGCCGAGCCCAGGGCCAUCGUCGCCAUCGGUUGAGCGGCACCCCAUCCCCAAGCGGCCAGCAACCUCGCCGGCCGGGAUGGUCUGCCAGCACGAGCAAUCAGUCUGGGAGUCCGACUCGGAUAACGAGUCUAAUGACCCCAAGUCCUUGUCUCGCAAGCCUAUGGACACUUUGAAGAAGGUCCGAAGUAGAGUGCAUCUUCGUGUCGCCAAAUCCGCUCCCAAGCUCAGCAACACGCAGGCAUCUGAGUUGGAAAGGUUUCCCUCAACUCCAGACCGGCCGCCAGAGUUACUGUGUCCUUCACCGAUGCGAGAUCUGAUUCGGUCCCGCUCCAAGGACAUCCUGCGGCCCACCGCGCAGCAGACCCUGCGGCUGGUGGCGCCCUCGACGACCUCGCUUGUUCAACCGCGCUCUCGACGCAACAGCAAUGGGGCGGCCAACAUCGACAUUGACCGCACGACGGCAGCUGCCAUGCAAGCCAAGUCCCGACGGAGGCAGAGAUCGGACUCGUGCCCAAAGGGCUUGACUGAGGCCGAAAAGUUCUGUACUCUCUGUCGGGAGGACCGAUCUGAUAAAGCCAUUCACCACAGUCUGACGCUCGCACGACCCCCCCUCUAUAAACGGGUGUGGGAGUCGUUGCGCGUGCUGGGAUGUCAUGGCGACCUUCCUCCGCCGAGACCACGCCGACCCAGGUGAUGAUGGGUGGGUGGUACUUUGUUUUGCGUGCGAUAAUAUUUCGACGGGGCGUUGAGCGACCAAGCCCCUACAAAUAACUUAAUGUCUUAUGAUACUACUGAUGAGGCUCAGAUGAACAGUCUGAGCUGUUUAUGACUGGAAGGAUGAUCUUGACGGGAUCUCCAUGUCACCCGAUGAUAACGAGCCCUAUAGGGAUGGAAACAGGCUCGUCGGUCUCCCCGAUGCAUGCACUGUGAUGAUAUAUCAUCUGUUUGACCUGUCUCAUGCAUACUCUUUCAUAUUUACGGUCGGCCACACUGGCACAGUCUUUCACUACCAAGCCGUAGUCUCGGUGUUUCUUUUCUCAUUGUCACUGCCACACUCCUUACACAUAUCUCCCCUGGUGUCUACACCUGUCACUCCUUGAUCUGACCCUUGUCUUCCCAUCAAUUUCCUACCAUCUCGAUGUCUAUAAAAGCAAUACAAUCAGCGG